AUGAACCUUCCUUUUACCCCCUGUAUGUCCGUUGCCACUGACGUUUUAGAUAUAUUGGAUGUCGACGAGGGUGCGACCAGGAAAAAUGUCUUGGAUAAGGAAAUCAUAUUUGCAAGAGCAGAUAAGAAGAAGGCUGGCAAAGCAAAUGCUCCUCCAAAACGUCCUGAAAAUAUACCUAGAGAAGUUUGGGGACUGCAGAACACCUUUAAGAGUAGCGAGUUGCCUCCCCUCAUGCCCCUCGACACUGCACCUGUUUAUAAGCAGCCUAAAGCUGUUAUUGGCGUCGGAAAAGUUCGUCACUGGGUCUGGGUGCCUUUCACCAACUCAGCCAGAAAGGAUAACUUACAACUAAAACACUGGCGUUGUGCACAAGAUGCAGAAAGAGGAGACGACUACUAUUUUGCCCGCUUUUGUAAGGUUCCCGCUUACACUUAUGACGAAUAUAAAAUACACUUAGAAAGUUCAAAAUGGUCCUACGAACAAACUCAUCAUUUAUUGGAUCUGGCUCGCAGAUUUGAUCUUCGCUUCAUUCACAUGCAUGAUCGUUGGGAUGCUGAUGUAUUCCCCCCUCGCCCUGCACUUGAAGAUAUGAAACAGCGGUACUAUGAUAUAUUGCACCAACUUGACAAGAUCCGCGGAACCAAUCUUGCACAAGGUCUCAGAUAUGAUGCAUCUCAUGAACGCAGACGAAGACGACAGCUUAGUUUACUUUAUGGAAGGACGAGAAGUGAGGUUGCUGAAGAACAGUGGUUAAUCAAUGAACUACAUCGAAUCGAGGCUAGACGCAAGGAACGUGAGCGGAAGAAGCAAGAUCUUCAAAAACUUAUUGCCCAAGCCGACUCGAUUUCAGUUUUGAAUAUAAGCGAUUUCGGGACGGGGCCCGAUGAGCCAUUGUCCACCACCGGCCUCCAACGCCGGCGCGGAGGUUUGGGCGCUGGUAGUAUCUCUUCAAUUCCCAGCAGUUCGAGUCCUCUUGUAUGCGCCACUGGUUCCGGGACUGGUGGAAGCUCUGCUAGUAACCAGUCAGCCCAUCACCAGAUGGAUGUUGCCUCGUUAGCUUCUCUAUCGGCCAGCACCUCUUCUCUUUUGGUAAGUAAUGCAUAUCUGUUUACCUCUAGACUUUGA